CAGGCACGCACGCCACAGGUCCCGCCCCCGGACCCCCACCCCACCCCCCAAGAAGUGCAAAAGCGCCCGUGGCCGCGCAUUGCUGUCGCCACCGGCACCCAAGGAGUAUGGCGGCGCCGUCGUCCUCCCUCGCCUCCACCUCCCACCUCUCCCGCCGCGCUACGGCCGCGGUCGGCCUGUGCUCCACCCGCUGCCUGCAGCGCAUCCGGUGCAGCUGGGCCGGCGGCAGGGCGGCGUACAGACGGCGCGCGCCAGGUGUUUGCUUCGUUGUCUCACCCAGCCAGCCAGGUCUUGCUGCGGUCAACGUGCCGGCGGCGACCAUCUCCGAGCGUACUUUGGUGUCCUCGCUUUUGGAGGUCGUCUCGGACGAUUUGCUGAAGCUUAACAACAAUCUCAAAUCGCUUGUUGGUGCAGAAAAUCCAGUUUUGGUUUCUGCGGCCGAACAAAUUUUUGGUGCCGGUGGGAAGAGAUUAAGACCAGCAUUAGUUUUUCUGGUGUCUAGAGCAACUGCUGAGUUAGCUGGUUUGUCGGAGCUAAGUACAGAACAUCAACGCUUAGCAGAGAUUAUUGAGAUGAUUCACACUGCAAGUUUAAUACAUGAUGAUGUCAUAGAUGAUAGUGGGAUGCGAAGAGGGAAGGAAACUAUUCAUCAGCUAUAUGGUACACGGGUGGCUGUACUUGCUGGUGAUUUUAUGUUUGCGCAAUCUUCUUGGUUCCUUGCAAACCUAGAAAACAUUGAAGUUAUAAAGCUGAUCAGUCAGGUAAUCAAGGACUUCGCAAGUGGUGAGAUAAAACAAGCGUCCACUCUGUUUGAUUGUGACAUCACCCUUGACGAUUAUCUUCUCAAGAGCUACUACAAAACUGCAUCUCUGAUAGCAGCAAGCACAAGAUCAGCCGCCAUAUUCAGUGGCGUCAGCACCGCAAUUUGUGAACAAAUGUAUGAAUAUGGCAGGAAUCUUGGCCUCUCCUUCCAGGUAGUCGAUGACAUCCUGGACUUCACCCAAUCAGCUGAGCAACUUGGCAAACCAGCAGGAAGUGACUUGGCAAAGGGAAACCUGACGGCUCCGGUCAUCUUCGCUUUGCAAGAUGAACCAAAGCUGAGGGAGAUCAUCAAUUCUGAGUUCAGUGAGACAGAUUCGUUAGCUGCUGCAAUAGACCUUGUUCAUAGAAGUGGUGGAAUAAGGAGGGCACAUGAGCUUGCCAGAGAGAAGGGUGAUUUGGCCAUCCAAAAUCUGCAGUGCCUUCCGAGAAGCGACUUCCGAAGUACCCUUGAGAAGAUGGUGAAAUAUAAUCUUGAAAGGAUUGAGUAGAUGGAUUUACUUUAAUGCUACUUCAAGUACAGGUCUCCUUUGCAUGGGUUUGAAGUAGCUCCUAUAUAAACCCAUCAAUUCGACCCAUUUUUGGUGGAUAUGAUUUUGCAGGAAACUUGGAGGAAAUGCACUAUAACAUACAUUUUCCGGGGAACCCUUGUGAAGCAGGCUAUUACUUUUGUUGAACCUGUGAGGUGAUUUAUGCAGGAUCCUCGGAAAAGCAAGGACUUCACCACAUACCCCGACCCCCAACACCUUGUGCCUACAUUAUAUCUGAAUGUGAGCUUAGUUUGCAGCUCUGUAAAUGAAAGAAGCGUAAACUAACUUAGCAUUCUUUUAUUUUGCAAUUUGCGCAUGCUCAGAAGCAACAAAUUAUGCGCUAUACCUGUACGGGUCCUGACUGGCUGAGACUUUGUAUAACAGUUGUGCACUCACUGGGAUGUAUGUUUCUACAUAUACGACAGCCAGUGGUGCACAUACUCCAACAAUACUUACAAUAUGUAGAAACCACAAUUCAUGUAUGCAAAUUCACAGCAACUCAACGAGUGUGAUACUUCUACUUA